UUUCCUUAAAGAGCAACUUUCAGAAGGCUAUAAGGAAUCUGGAAAGGAGAACAAAUUCUCUUCCCAGACUCACCCAAUACCAGCCACCCUAGGAAAUGCACUCUCCUCCCCCAAACCCGCCCCCUCAUGGGAGGCAGGGUUUUUCUUUUGGACAAACCUGCUCCUUGGGAGGGGAGGUGGCAAAACCUGUUUGAAGAUGAGGUUACCUCCCUUCCACACCUCCCUCCUCCUUGAAUGCAAGAGCAACAAUAGCUGAGACAGAAAAAGGGUAAAGGAGUGUUGGGGGCUGGAACAACCAGCUUCCCAACAACUCUGUUUAAAGAAGAAGACAGGAGGACUUGUGAAGAUGGGAACUGUACAGGAGGCAGGAAAAAAGACAUUAGAUCUUGGGUAAGUAAGAUCUUGGCCCACUUGAUUGGAAACGGAGUGAAUAAAUAGUCUUAAAGGACUUUCCCACCAUUCAGCUCUCACUAGGUCAAAUCUCAGGGGUUCCUGCAGGAGACAAGACUGCAAGAGAAUGAAUUUGUAGAGAAAGAAUGGGGGUGGCUCUAGGUAGAAAAUAUCAGUAUGGUAUGGAACUGGGGAACGGAAUUCCAGGAAAAUUCCCUAGUUUGAACAUAAGGGAAUUUCUGUAUUUCAUAUCUGAUAAUCUGCGCGUUAUUCUCUAACCCUCACCAUCCAGAAUGGCCAUCAGGAAAGCUGACCCAGAACUGAGUUUAGGUCCAGGUUCUCUUUCCCGGCAAAUCUUUCUCCUUACCUUCUUCCCCUACCCCUCCACUUAUGCCGUUUUCCCCUAGCCACUCCCCAGCUUGGUGGAGGAAAGGCAGGCCUGACGAGGUGCCAUCUUUCCCAACUUUGCCCAGUGAUAGCUGGGUGGGUCUGUCUGGGUUCCAGCCAAUUGUAAUGUGGGACAUCGCUCAGCCCUACUUUGUAGGUGGAGCAACAGCCAUAGAGUUAAAUAGGAUUAGCUUUACAGUCCAUCCUUCCUCUGCUCCUAAACCCAACAGUAGUUAGGUAAUCUGCUGCUAGCAAGUGGUGAAGGAGGCAGAAAUAUCUCUAUAGGAGAGGAGAGAUCUGAUUUCCUUUUAAGGCCCACCCUCUGCUCUGUAUCUUAAUUAUUGUUCUUCACUUCAGUGUCUCCACCUACUACUACCCAGUUCCUUAAUCUUUUCUUCUGCGUCAGGGAGAAUGCAGAAACAGUAGAACGAGGAGCAGCUCUGAGACUUGGGGAACUGGAGCUAAAGGAGGAAUGGCAGGAUGAAGAAUUUCCUAGAUUGCUUCCUGAGGAGGCUGGUCCUUCUGAAGAUUCUGAAGACCCUAAAAGAGGUAGACGAAUUGGAGACACCUUCAGACUCGGAGCAGCUGGACAGUGGACAUGAAUUUGAAUGGGAAGAUGAGCUUCCCCAGACAGAGGGUCUGGCGGCCAGUGAGGCAGCUGAAAGGCUGGGCCGGGGUUGUAUGUGGGAUGUGGCUGGAGAAGAUGGUCGUCGCUGGAGGGUGUUCCGAACAGGACAGCGGGAGCAGCGAGUGGACAUGACUGUCAUUGAGCCCUAUAAGAAAGUCCUGUCUCAUGGAGGUUACCAUGGCGAUGGCCUCAAUGCUGUCAUCCUCUUUGCUUCCUGUUAUCUACCCAGGAGCAGCAUCCCCAACUAUACCUACGUCAUGGAACACUUGUUUAAGUAUAUGGUGGGAACUCUGGAACUGCUGGUAGCUGAAAAUUAUAUGCUUGUUCAUUUGAGUGGAGGUACAAGCAGGGCCCAAGUUCCACCUCUGAGCUGGAUUCGCCAGUGUUACCAUACCCUGGAUCGGCGGUGGAAGAAGAAAUUGGAUGAUCUCAUAUUCUUCAGGCUCCGGAAAAACCUUCGAGCUGUGGUGGUUGUCCAUGCUACAUGGUAUGUGAAGGCAUUUCUGGCACUGCUUCGGCCCUUCAUCAGUUCCAAAUUUACACGAAAGAUCCGUUUUCUGGACAGCCUGGGGGAGCUGGCCCAACUCAUCUCCCUGGAUCAAGUUCACAUCCCUGAAGCUGUCAGACAGCUGGACCAGGAUCUCCAUGGCUCUGGAAGGACCUAGCACAGGACUGGAUAAAGGGCCUUAGAAGCCAGCAAAGAUAGCGAUCUGCCAACACCCUAAUCCCUGAAACAUCUGAGCUAUUUUGUAAAUCAUCUUACCCUCAACCCCAGUACCACUGGAUCUUCACUUCUCAAUGGGAUGUCAUCCUUUCCAUGACCCUGCCUUCAGCAGGAAGUUGAGGUUGGGAACCUGAUCUGCUGGGUGACUUUCAUUUCAGCGGAGUGGGGUGAAAGGCUGAGUGUAGAGGUAUUUUGUAUGGGAAAUGCAGAGCUCUAGGUUAUAAUUCUGGUUUAGCUGUAGAACCCUGGGCAAAUAACUUCAUCUCUUUGGGUCUCAUUUUCCUCCUCUGUAAGUGAAGGGGCUGUGAUCCUUUUCACCUUGGACGGGAGGGGCUUAACUGUUGACAGCCAGCCAGCCUGCUGGGAGCCGGGAGUGCCAGCUUGCUAAAUCUUGAAGAACUGCCAUAUGCCCUCUCUCCUUCUGAGUCAUGUCUGCUGCCUGUGAGCCUGGGAAGGAGUGCUUUCAAAACCCGUAUUUAUCCCUCCUUAGUAAAUUCAGAUCUGUAGCGGCUAAUAAACUUCGAUGAGAGAUUUAAA